AUAACUUUAUAUCUAUGUUAAUUCAUAUUUUAAAACAGUAGGCUACUAUACACGGUUCAGGUAUAACUCCAAAUGCGCACGCAAAUAAACGCACAGCUGAUGUCACGAAGACUGACCUGCGCUUCAGUUUCGCUUUUGUUUCUCGUUUUCUGCACUUCAUAUAAAAGGCAGCGCAUGGAGCAUGUGCUCUUACUUUGAUGAAUAACUUUACGCUUUUGCUACUCGGAGGAGGACGGAGGAGAAUUAUGGAGAACUUUAGGCAGAUUCGUUUGGAUACAUCUUUACGCACACGCGCUCCACGCUGGAAAUAUUUACCAAUGAGGAGCAGGGUUUUUGACGCGGACACUGCAGGCUGUGACUGGAUGUGGAUUUAUUAUUACGCACUUUGGCUUUGAGACUCUAUAAACGCCCCGCACUGGAGACUGGGUGUUCUCGGGUGGAUACAAGUUUCACGCUGCACCUUUGUUUCUUCAGCUCUUCUGUUUUACCGGGGGCAGCGUGUGGAAGGAAUUAGAGCAGAGAUGGACCCAGGACCGAGCGGAGAUCAGGUAAAACCUCAGUUAUAUUCAUCAUGUUUGACUUUUACAAGUGUGUUCUUAAAGCAGCAGGUGAAGGCGGCUCCUCUGUGUCCUCAGGCCUCACACUGGAGCUCUGUGUCCUUAAAGAGUGACCACUCCAAAGAACUUCCUCCAGUCUUCAGUCCUGAGCCUGGACCUGCCUCACAUUCUCAGUCUGGACUCAGUGCUGUGUCCUUAAAGAGUGACCACUCCAAAGGAACACCUCCAGUCUUCAGUCCUGAGCCUGGACCUGCCUCACAAGGGCUGGACCCUGAGGACGUCGGCGCUUCGCUGGACGUCAUUUUCCCGAUUCUAGAGAAAAACGUCUUGAAGUUUGUCCAGCAGGAGCUGCAGAGGAUCCACAGGCUCCUGGCCUCAGAUUACCCAGAAUGCUCUGGGAGAGAGAAGGAACCGAGCACAGAGGUUCUGAACAUCACACUGGACUUCCUGAAGAGGAUGGACCAGGAGCGUCUGGCCCAGAGGCUGCAGCACAGGUGCUGUGUUGGAGUUUAUAGCAAUAAUCUGAAGACUCAUCUGCAGCAGAGAUUCAGCCGUGUGUUUGAGGGCGUGGCUAAAGCAGGAGACUCCGCCCCCCUGACCCAGAUCUACACAGAGCUCUACAUCACAGAGGGCGGAGCCUCAGAGGUCAACCAGGAACAUGAGGUCAGACACGUGGAGACGGCGUCCAGGAGACCGGCCGCUCCAGAGACCAUCAUCACAUGUGAAGAGCUCUUUAAACCCCGCCCACAUUCACCACAGCCAAUCAGACUGGUGCUGACGAAGGGCGUGGCCGGCGUGGGGAAAACAGUGCUGACUCAGAAGUUCAGUCUGGACUGGGCUGAAGGCCGGGCCCACCAGGACCUCCACCUGCUGUUCCCCUUCACUUUCAGAGAUCUGAACGUGCUCAGAGACACACAGUUCAGCCUGGUGGAGCUGCUGCACCACUUCUUCAGUCCAUCCAAACAUCUCUGCAGCUUCCAACAGCUCCAGGUGCUCUUCAUCUUUGACGGUCUGGACGAGUGCAGACUUCCUCUGGACUUCAGCCAAACCCGGGUCCUGACCGACCCCACAGAGUCCACCUCAGUGCACGUGCUGCUGGUGAACCUCAUCAGGGGGAGCCUGCUUCCCUCCGCUCUCCUCUGGAUAACCACGCGCCCCGCCGCGGCCAAUCAGAUCCCGGCAUGGUGCGUCUCCAUGGUGACAGAGGUGCGAGGGUUCACCGACCCACAGAAGGAGCAGUACUUCAGGAAGAGGUUCACAGACCAGGCCACAGCCGUCAUCUCCCACAUCAAGAGCGUCCGCAGCCUCCACAUCAUGAGCCACCUGCCGAUCUUCUGCUGGAUCCUCUCCACAGUUCUACAGAAGCUUCUGGAACAAACAGAGGAACCAGAGCUGCCCCGGACUCUCACACAGAUGUACAUCCACUUCCUGGUGGUGCAGCUUAAACAGAAGAAUGUCAAAUAUGAUGAGAAACUGGAGGCGGAUUCUACUUGGUCUCCUGAAAAUGAAGAGAUGGUGAAGUCUCUGGGAAAACUGGCCUUUGAGCAGCUGCAGAAAGGAAACCUGAUCUUCUACGAGAGUGACCUGAGCGAGUGUGGGCUGGACGCUGCAGCGGCCUCAGUGUACUCCGGAGUGUUCACACAGGUCUUUAGAGAGGAGCCAGGCCUGUACCAGGACAAGGUCUACUGCUUCAUCCAUCUGAGUGUGCAGGAGUUUCUGGCUGCUCUUCACGUCCAUCUGACCUUCUACAGCUCUGGAAAGAACCUGCUGGAGACACCUCACUCCUCUGACGGGAACCUGCUGUCUGUCAUAAAACCUAAAAGAACAAAAAAAACAAAAAAAACACACAUUUCAACACAAAAAACCUCCAUGUCACCAGACCCAGAGGAGAUUGAGGACUAUUCAGAUACAAAUGAUCACUUCUCAGGUGACUACUCCUUCAAAGCCCCUAAGGUCUUCUACCGCUUUGCUGUGGACCAGGCCUUACAGAGUCCAAAUGGACACCUGGACCUGUUCCUCCGAUUCCUCCUGGGGCUGUCUCUGUCGACCAAUCAGCACCUGCUGCAGGGUCUGGUGACUCACACAGGAAGUGGAUGGAGAAAUCAGAGGCUGCUGCACAGUCUGCGAACUGAUGCAGGGAGUCUGCAGACAAAUGUGGAGACAGUAAAGUACAUCAGACAGAAGCUGAAUGAGGGCGUGUCUGCAGAGAGAAGCCUGAACCUGCUCCACUGUCUGAACGAGCUGAACGACCACAGUCUGGUGCAGGAGAUACAGAAGGUCAUGAGUGAAGGACGUCUCUCUGAUAGAGACAUGUCUCCUGCUGAAUGGACGGCUCUGUGCUUCCUCUUACUGUUAUCAGACUCAGACCUGAAGGAGUUUAAUCUUCAUGAAUAUUGUGCUUCAGAGGACGUCCUCCUGAGGCUGCUGCCUCUUGUGAGAGUUUCAAAAACAGCUUUAUUAAAGCGUUGUCACCUCUCCUCUCGCUGCUGUGCUCCUCUGGCCUCAGUCCUCAGCUCCUCCAGUCUCACACAUCUGGAUCUCAGUGACAACGACGUCCAGGACUCAGGAGUGGAGCUGCUGUGUGCUGGGCUGAAGAGCGCCCCCUGCAGACUGGAGACGCUCAGUCUGUCUGGAUGUCUGGUGUCAGAGAGGGGCGGAGCUGCUCUGGCCUCAGCUCUGAGCUCCGCCUCCUCCCACCUCAGAGAGUUAGACCUGAGCUACAACCAUCCAGGACCCUCCACCGAGCUCCUGAUCGCUCUACGGGACGACCCACACCGCCCCCUGCAGUCUGUCAGGCUGAAGCCUUCAGGGGCCCAGUGGAUGACCCCAGGUCUCCACAAGUAUCACACUGACCUGACUCUGGAUCCAGACACAGUAAACGGGUUCCUGCAGCUCUCAGACGAUCAAAAGACCGUGACGUCAGUGAAAGAGGAGCAGCUCCGUCCGUUCUCUUCAGAGAGAUUUCAGUGGCCGCAGGUCCUGAGCUCCUCUCCUCUCAGAGGUCGUUGUUUUUGGGAGGUGGAGUGGAGCGGGGGCCUGGUGGAUGUUGCCGUUAGUUACAGAGGAAUCCAGCGCAGAGGAAAGAGAAGCGAGUGUGAGUUUGGGAGGGACCAUCAGUCCUGGUGUCUCAGAGUCUCUGUCAGUGGUUUCUCUGUUCGCCACAACAACCAUGAAACCGUCUUGUCCUCUAGCGCCCCCUCUGGACACUCCUCCAGGUCCUUCUCCUCGGGGCGGGUUGCUGUGCUCGUAGACUCUGAUUCUCUGUCCUUCUUUGACCUCUUUUCGGGGAGUCCAGUCCUUCUUCACACUUAUGAAACCAUCUUCACAGAGCCUGUGUUCGCAGGCUUCUGCCUCUGGAACCAUGGCACCUCUGUGACUCUGGUGGAUGUGAACAGCGCCACCAGGAGGAAACUACUGGUAAAACAUCAGACCCCGAACCCCAGGUUCACCUGAUUUAAACGUCUGAAUGUUCUGACAGAUCUGAGCUGUUUAAGAUCAGACAUGAAACUUCACUUGCACUUUUAUGGAUAUAAGUUGUGUUUACAGGACGUCAGCACAGAAUAGAAUCUCUAAACUGAGCUGAGACAGGUGAGACAGGUGAGACAGGUGAGACAGGUGAGACAGGUGAGACAGGUGAGACAGGUGAGAGUUGUGGUUCAUAUCUCUGUAAAUCUUGGGUCUAUGCACAUGAAACAAAAACUGGCACAAAGUUCAUCUUCUGGUUCAGUAUAAAGAAACAAAAGUGAAAUUGUGUUUUCACAAUCGCUUCAGAAAAACGAGUCGUUAUUUAACCCUAAAGACGUGAGCGUUUCAGGUGAAAAGACUUUAAAGUGACACGUGACAGAUUUGGAUGAUUCUCCAGUUCUGACUUAAGUUGUUGGGAUCAUUCUUUUUGUAAAUACACUUUAGUCAUCAAGAGGAAAAUUUGUGAAGAAAAGCUGAAAAUGUGUCUGGAGGUAAAAUAAAAAAAAAACACUAAAAAAUGGUCAAUGUAACGGCUGCUAAGUCUUCGUCAGGCUGUAUCCAAAGACCGGACACUAUGGAGUCAGUCAGCUUUACUCCCUCUGCAGUCUCCAACGUGCUGUGACAGACAUAAAUACUCUAAAUACUCUAUUAAUAUGUCUUCACAUUUCAGGCACUGGCUCCAUCUGCAGUCUCCAACGAGCUACUGAGAGGGGGACCACAGCGUUUACAUGUGACUCCCAACCAACCAUACAAACCACGCACGAAGAACACAACUAUUUUACAUUUACAUUAAGUACAGUGGAGUAAUUAUUUAGAGAAACAAAUGCGCAAUUUACAACUUUUGCAAAAAUAAAAUAAAAUAAAACAUACUUGUGACAGACAUAUAAAUACUUACAAUAUCAAGCUAACUUUCAUAAUCCAAAUAAAAUGAAAAAACUCAAAAUUUUGCAUAAAUACAAGAAAUGAUAUGUGUUCUUGUAUUUGUGCUAAAAGUACGUUGUUUUUGUGAAAUAUAUUCUUCUCAACCCAGACAGAACUCACCCUCUGCAGUCUCCAACGUGCUGCUGAGAGGGGAAGUUGAACUACCAAAAUAAAAUACACACGGGAGCAGGGCGCACUUCCAGUUUUCAAAAUAAAAUGUGAAAAUGAUCAAAUUCACAUAAAUUAUGAUUAAACAUAAAAUACAACCAGGAAACAGUAGCGUGCGCAUUUUUAACUUUGUUACAUAAAGUUUAUUAGUAAAGUCGAACCCUAAACUGAGUCUUAAAUAUUCAGGUACAGAACAGAAACCGUCAGAUCAACAUGACGCGUUUGUGGAGCCGAUAAUAAUGAGAAGGUUCAACAUUUGUGGAUCAGAAGUUUAGAGGAGAUUUUCUGUUUUUGAAAGAAAUCUCCCAUAGAGUUAAACAGGACCAGACUCAAACUCACAGUUAAUGGAACCAGACUCAAACUCACAGUUAAUGUGAACGGACCAGACUCAAACUCACAGUUAAUGGGAACGGACCAGACUCAAACUCACAGUUAAUGGGAACGGACCAGA